UAUUUUGACGAGCACGUGUUGUUUUGUAGUUCAUAUUUUUGUUACUGAUAUUUGACAAUUUGAUCAAACAAAAUGCCAAAAUCAAAGAGAGAGAAGAAAAUUUCAUUGACACAGACAAGAAAAAAAGGCCUGGAAUUUAAACAGAAAAUAAUAGAAGAUGUACGAGAUUGUGUGGAUAAAUAUGCCAGAAUUUUUACUUUUUCUGUACAAAAUAUGAGAAACGUGCAAUUAAAAAACAUUCGACAGGAUUGGAAACACAGCAGAUUUUUCUUUGGUAAAAAUAGUUUAAUGGCCGUAGCAUUAGGUAGAACGGAAUCAGAUGAAUACAGAGAAAAUCUCCAUUUUUUAGCCCAGCAGUUAAAGGGCCAGACUGGUUUAUUGUUUACAAAUGAAACCAAAAAAACAGUUUUAAAAUAUUUUGAUGAUUAUCGGGUACCAGAUUUUGCAAGGGCUGGUAACAUAGCAACACAGACAGUUACACUAGAACAAGGUCCAAUACCAGAUUUAUCACACGCUAUGGAACCACAGUUGCGACAGCUAGGAUUACCAACAAGUUUACAGAGAGGAGUGAUAACAUUGUUAAGAGAUCAUAAAGUUUGUGAAAAAGGUGACCCAAUAACCCCAGAACAAUCCAGAAUUUUGAAAUUAUUUGAUCACAUGAUGGUAGAUUUUCAUGUAACAGUUGAAGGUAUGUGGAGUAAUAAUGGUAAAUGGUUAUUAUUUGAUCAACGACCUGAACCUAUUGUACCUACUAAAGUCAAUGUUAAAGCCACAGCAGCUUCUAAGAAGGGAGGGUCCGACAUGGAGGAGGAGGAGGACGAGGAAGAGGAUAAAGAUGAAGAUAAUGAAGAAGGAUAGAUUUGUAGAACGUUUGUUGGAUUAAAUAUAUUAAAAUAA